GUACCUCUCUUCCCCGCGACAACCACAGUGUACGCACAAACGCGAACGACGUUGUUCCCGGUCGUUCCGUACGCACACCUAGCGCGCCAAAUUCUCGUCGUAUUUUUUUUUCUCUUAUCGUUACGUUCGCCGCGCUUCAUACUACACUACACAUACACACACACACACACACACACACACACACACACACACAUGAGCGAUAACUUCUACAAACGCGCGCGCACCCGGGUUUUCGCGUUUACCGAGCAAAAUCGAAAAAAUAUAUUUACGAUAACAAACAAAAAAAAACCGUGUGUCCAUCACCUCCGUCGUUUCGCGCGCGCGUUUGUUGUGUGAUCGUCGUUUUUGCGUCCGUCCAGCAGCCAGGGCGAAAAUCACCGACAGCCGUCUACCGUGUGUCGCGCGCGCUUUUUUUUUUGCCCCCCCCGGUUGUGUGUGUCGUUUUGUUGUGCCGUACGUGUCGUGGAGGUAGAGGAUCGUGAUCGCCGGCCGGAGAUAGCGCACCUCAACGACGAGAAUAUUUGCCUUGCUCAGCGCACGCUAACCCACACGUUUUCCACGGCGCGCCGUCAAAAUUUCGUGACACAGAUAUAUCAGUCAAACAAGCAAAAUGGAUCUUGGUAUGUUAGAUAGUCUUACAUUCUAUCAAGAUUGUAUAGACUUUGAUAUGAAGAGUGAUUAUGAUCGUGUACUAUCCAAUAGUAGCUUCAACUAUGAUGAUUCAUUGUCUUUAAAUGAUGACAAUAUGAUGUCAAUUAUGGAUCCACUCAAUUCUGGUCUGUGGCUCAAUUCCAAUUCUGAUUCUCAUCAUUUAGACUUUGUAGAAGGUGGCUUAGAAUCUGCUAUCAUGGUAAAUCCAAAUUCAGUGAUACCAUCAUCUGCAGAAGCGGAAAAGAUUAUUAAAGAUGAACCUGUUGAAACUGUGGAUCCUCCUAUUACUAUUGAACAUUCUCUGAACAUUAAAACAGAGGAAGAUAGUUGGAAUGAACCUGAAUUCAAACUUGAAAAUAAUCAAGUUAUGAAGUUACCUGAAAUUAUGCCUGAAUCUAUAAGUAUUAAAUCAGAGAAAAUACCAUUAGAGAUUAAGAAAGUGGAAGAACUAAAACCUAUACCCAAAGCUAUUAGACUUUCUGAUUUGUUGAGUCAAACAACGACUAACGGAUUCCCGAAAACAGAAUUAAUGACUGUACGUGUAACAAUGCCAUCAACACUACCUACAAUGAAAACUACUAUAGCUUCAAGAGCAGUUCCCAUUUCUUUUGUUAAUAAUACCAUUGCUGGACAUUACAAGAUAGUCAGACCUAAGCAGCAAAUUAAACCAAUACAAUCUAGAAUUAAUACCAACAGAAUUAAUGAUCACUUAGGCUUAUAUCCAAGACCAACUUAUUCUUACUCUUGCUUAAUUGCCAUGGCAUUAAAAAAUUCAAGUACUGGAUCCUUACCAGUUUCAGAAAUAUACAAUUUUAUGUGCAAACAUUUUCCAUAUUUUAAGACUGCAAGUAGUGGAUGGAAGAAUUCUGUUCGUCACAAUCUUAGUUUAAAUAAGUGUUUUGAAAAGAUUGAAAAACCAAUCGGUAGUACAGGUGCUCCAAGAAAAGGAUGUUUAUGGACCAUGAAUCCAACAAAAAUUGCUAAAAUGGAUGAUGAGAUGCAAAAAUGGUCUCGUAAAGAUCCCUCAGCAAUUAGGCGAGCAAUGCUAAAUCCAGAACAUUUGGAUGCAUUGGAACGCGGUGAAAUGAACGAAUGUUAUGAUCGCCGUGAGAGCUACUACUUCGAUGAGGAAGAGGAGGAGGAAGAAGAAAUCAUUAGUCAAGAAAUGACAUCAGAAGAAGAAGAUAGGAUCACUGAUGUUGAAGAGGAAUCUGAUAAUGAGUCAAGAAUUGAUAAGGAUGAUUCACCAUACCAAUUAAUUACAUUUGGCCUAGAUGAUUUAGCUAAUCUUAAUGAUCUUGGCAAUGAUAUUGAUGAUGAUGAAGAAAUUGAAGAAAGUUCUAAUGAUGGAAGCUUCGGCAUUGAAGCAUCAGAGUACAAGACAAAUUUUGAUGAUUUGAUAUCUGUUCAAGAUAUGCCUAUGACAUAUGUUGUUCAGCCACCAAAUAAGACUGUAAUUAAUAAUAAACGGCCUUAUCCACAACCUGUGUUUAAGGGUAGUUAUGUGUUAACUAAAAAUGUAACAUCAAGUGUUCCAAGCCCAAAACGUAAAUUUAUAACUAGGCCUAUAUCAAUAUUAAGAAACAUUUAAUAGAAAUAGGUAAUGUAAUAUAAAAAUAACUACAGGCUCUAAUUAAUUUUAAAAUUGGUGACAUGCACUAAAUUUGUUGUGAUUUCCCAAGACUUUAUAAGAUACUUAUUUUAAUAUGAAUUUGGUAUUCUAAAGUCUGAAUGGUCAAAAUGUUGUCUUAAGUAUUUAUAUGAAUGUGUUACUAUUUAAUUUUGCAAGAUUUUUUCUCAUUAUAGUCUCAAAUAGUCAGCUUGUUAAACAAUUCCACACCAUAUGUAUGUCAUUAUAUAUAUAUAUAUAUAUAUAUGGGAGUUGAAGAGUUUUAUGUAUGUAAGUGUAUAAGUAUAUUAGACUGGAGAAAAUGUAUUACAAAUUAUAUUUUCUAAUUUAUUGUAA